GAUGUUGGUAAGUUGUUAUUAAUUUGGGCCAUAUAGUAUAGUAUUAUUAUAUAGCACGUUGCUAGCUGAAUCUGGCUCUUAUCUAAUUUUAUCUUUAAGCAAAUCAAAACUCGCUUUUCCACAAAAGCCAUGAACUGUUUCACUUUUUUUUCUCUCUUUCUCCUUUUGUCGUCUCUUUCAUUUUUGGUCUCUGCUUCUGAGUCUGACACUUCUAAACUCUUCCAAGACUGGUGCAAACAACAUGGCAAAACAUAUCCUUCGGAAGAACAAAGACGUUACAGGUUUAAGGUGUUUGAAGACAAUUAUGCUUUUAUCACACAACACAAUCAAAUGCAAAAUUCCAGUUAUACCCUCUCUCUCAACGCUUUCGCAGAUCUCACUCACCAUGAAUUCAAAACCACUCGUCUUGGUCUUCCACCUUCUUCUUCUUCGUUGCUAAAAUUCAAAUUCGACCGUUUUCAAGAUCAUCAAUCUGAUGAUAAUGAUGAUGAUGUUCUACAAGUUCCUUCUGAGAUUGAUUGGAGAAAUAGUGGCGCUGUUACUUCUGUCAAAGACCAAGGAAGCUGUGGUGCUUGUUGGUCAUUUUCGGCAACCGGUGCUAUCGAAGGGAUAAAUAAAAUUGUGACAGGUUCUCUUGUGAGCCUUUCUGAACAAGAACUGGUUGAUUGUGAUACCACUUAUAAUAGUGGUUGUGAUGGUGGACUCAUGGACUAUGCAUACAAAUUUAUCAUUGACAACAAAGGGAUUGACACCGAGGAAGAUUACCCGUAUCAAUCUCGUCAAGUACUUUGCAAAAAGGACAAGUUAAAAAGGCGUGUUGUUACUAUUGAUGGUUAUACUGAUGUGCCUUCAAACGAUGAGAAAAAACUACUAAAGGCUGUUGCAGUUCAACCUGUUAGCGUAGGCAUAUGCGGUAGUGCAAGGGCUUUCCAAUUAUACUCAAAGGGUAUCUUCACUGGACCAUGUUCAACUUCUCUUGAUCAUGCGGUGUUGAUUGUAGGAUAUGGUUCUGAAAAUGGAGUAGAUUAUUGGAUUGUGAAGAAUUCCUGGGGAAAAGGUUGGGGAAUAAAUGGUUAUAUACACAUGUUACGAAACACUGAUAAUUCUGCAGGGUUAUGUGGAAUAAACAUGUUAGCUUCAUAUCCAACCAAAACCAGCCCCAAUCCUCCUGUCCCACCUCCACCAGGUCCUGUAAGGUGUAAUUUGUUUACUCGCUGUUCAAGCGGGGAAACUUGUUGCUGUGCCACAAAAUUUCUUGGAAUAUGUUUUUCUUGGAAAUGCUGUGGUUUAACUUCUGCUGUGUGUUGUAAAGACAAACGUAGCUGUUGCCCACAAGACUAUCCGGUUUGCGAUACAAGAAGGGGCCAAUGUCUUAAGAGAAUUGCAAAUGGGACGACGACAACAAUGCCAUCUGAUAAAGAAGAUACUUUCCAUCAGAAAAGAGACUGGAGAUCUCAUUGAGUAUUUAUCGUUUACAUCAUUCAUUUGUAUUGUUGAAUCCUUCCAACUGGCAUUCAUUUUGUAUUACUCCGAGAGUCCGAGUCAUUAUAUUUCUAGCAGUCAAAUGGGGUCCGAAAAGAAACAAAUCAUAGUAUGGGAUAUUGAUGGGUUAGAGAAUGCUCGUAUGAUCCGAAUGUAAUACUAGGGAGGAUGCAUCUGUGUUUUUAUAUGUAUUCCUCACGGUUUUAUUAGUAGAGUUGUGAAACCAAUACUGUAUUGUGUCUCGUAGAAAUAAUUUGUGCUAACUUAUGUUACUUCUUAAGUUAGCUUAGAGUUAAACAUGCCUUGUUGUGGAUUGCAAGAUGGUGAAUAUGGGAUGAAUUGUAUUCAUUGAUGACUUAAUUGAACUAUAGUUCGUUGUGCACCUCAA